CAAAAGUUCUUCAGCACCAUGGUGUGUCCAAUCAGAUUGUUGGAAUGUGUAUUCCACCAUCACUGGAUUUACCAUCUGUUUUUCUCGGAGUUCUGCUAACAUCAUCAGCUGUUUAUCCAUUUGAAACAGAUGGUCUCGGAUUUGUCAAACAGAGCAUCCUCAAGAUGCAUGUUGGUUAUCUGUUGAUCUACAUCAAUGUAUUAAAGGAACUUGAAAAUAUGAUAGGAUUACUUGGUGGAAAAAUUCUACACAGUACUGAGUUGAUUGAGUUUGGUUUAGUUCUCAUCAACCUUUCCGACAUUCAAGUACGUAAGAAUCGUGUUGACCUUGCCUACUGUCUGACAACAUCAGGAACAACGGCAGAGCCUAAAGUAGUCCGAGUGCCUCACAGCUGCAUCCUGCCAAAUAUUAAACAUCUCAGAUGUCUGUUUGAAGUCACUGCUGAAGAUAUGACCUUGCUUGCCUCACCAUUGACCUUUGAUCCAAGUGUUAUUGACCUCUUUGUGACCUUGACUUCUGGAGCUACCAUAUUAAUAGUUCCAAAUGCAACAAAGCUCUCACCACAACAAUUAAUUCACAGUAUAUCUGAAAAACAUAAAACUACCAUUCUUCAGGUGACACCUGCAUUGCUAUCUAGAUUUCCAGCCGGGCAACUGAGAAGCACUUUACUGUCAGCAACAUCGGCAUUGCGUAUUCUUACCAUCGGCGGUGAAAGAUUCCCAUCACUGCGUGUUGUUAGAGGUAUGAGGGCUGAGAACAACAAGACAAAGAUUUUCAGUCUGUACGGAAUCACGGAACUCUCCUGCUGGGCAACUGUCCAAGAAGUAACCCCUUUAAUAUUGGGAGAAGAAACUGAAGAUGUGCCCCUGGGACAGCCAUUGUCUGAAACUUCUAUCAAGGUGUUAGAUGAGAGAGGAGAAACUGUGCAAGAAGGAGAAGGGGAAAUAUUUAUUGGUAGCAGUACAAGACAUUGUUAUGUAGAUGAGGAGAAAGUGGAUGAGGAUACAGAUCACAACACACUGCAGUGGAGACAGACUGGAGAUGUGGUCAGAGUGAGAGAGGAUGGUUCAGUCGUUUUUCUCCAUCGGACUGACGAGCAGGUCAAACGAAAUGGAAAACGACUCGACACCAAAGCUCUUCAAGAGGUAGUUCUUUCCAGACUGGAUGAGAUCAAAGACUGCAGAGCUCUCAUGAUGGACUUUGAACUUGUGAUGUUUGUUUCCACGACAAACAAAUCCUUGAAUGGUGUCGGCUCCCAAGUUGAGCAGUGUAUCGAAACAAUUCUACCUCGACAAUACUGGCCUGACAGAGUCUGUGCACUGGAGGAUCUGCCGCUUACCAAACACGGUAAACUUGACACAAGAGCACUUAUUCAGAUUGUGAAGGAACCGAAUCAUCAUCCGUCAGAUCUGCCACCAGAAGAUAAAUUAAUAGAGUGGUCACAGAAACUAUGGAAGGAUUUACUAGUAACUGGAGACAGCUUGUUUGCUGAGGUAGAGGAGAGUGAUAAUUUUAUCAGCCUGGGUGGAGAUUCUUUUAAAGCUGUUCAACUCAUCAACAGAGUGGAGAGAUGUUUCCAUACAAGAUUACCCUUACUUCUCGAAACUGUGCUGAACAAAAGCUUCUUGGACUUUGUCACACUUGUACAGACAACACAUUCAUGCACUUUUCCUGACAAUGGUGAUACUGUGAAUAUGAAGAAUAGAAUUUGGAGCUUGUCUCGAAAUAAUGAGAAUUUUUCGAAUCAUAUUGAGAUGUUAACCAAUAGAAGACGUGACACUGAACUUAAAGAACAUCAGAGAAUUAAAGAAAGUGAACACAGAUUCAAAAUGUCAACUAACUCAAUUACAGCUUCCAAUGGUUUGGUUUCAACAGGUAUGAGCCAUGGUGCUGAAACAAACAACUGUGCAGACAGUAGAUGUGAACAGGAAAAGAUAACUCCACAAUGCUCUCUUAAAAGGAAGCAUAAAUCUGAAACUACAGACUUGGAAUCUGAAGCAGUAGAUGUGAAAUGCAAAUGUAAAAGCGUACAACACUCUAAUCAGUAUUGUACUGGUGGGGAGACCAGUGAGUUUAUUGGCUAUAAAACAAGGGGAAACAGAACAAUGUUCUUAUGUAAAGACUUUGUACCUUCUCACAGCAACAGUAGCUACACGGCAUGCAGACAACUACGUGUGGAGUUGUCAUGGAAACAAGACACAAGGAAGUGUGUAGAUGCAUCACCACUGAUAGCGUUACACAGGGAUGGCCACCAUAUCGUAUUGACUGGCUCACACUCACAUACAUUCUGUGCUGUACAUCUGUACUCAGGCUGUGUGUUGUGGAGAACCACACUUGGAGACAGAAUUGAGUCAUCACCCUGCCUCAGUGUCUGUGGUAGAUUCGUGGUUGUGGGCUGUUAUGAUGGCUACCUGUAUGUAUUAAAUCUGAUGACAGGAGAAAUUAAGUGGAGGUUCCAGACUGGUGGAUCUAUCAAGAGUUCUCCCACUGUUGAUUUCAAGACGUCACUCGUCAUAUUUGGGUCACAUGAUAAACAUCUGUUUGCUGUCGACAUACAGAAAGAAGAGUGUAUUUGGAAAUGUCAUCUUGGUGGAGGCAGCAUCUUUUCAUCUCCAGCACUGGACCAACAGCAGAGAACUGUCUAUGCAGGAACACUUGCCGGAAACCUGGUAGCAGUUCAUAUUGACACUGGUCAAAUGCUGUGGUCAUACAAUACUGGAAAACCAAUAUUCUCGUCUCCUCUCGUUCUGUCAGACAGUGUGAUUGUUGGAUGUGUCGAUGGGAAAGUGCACUGCGUGUCGUGCUCUGGUUACAAGAAGUGGAUAUUCUGUACGGAAGCACCUGUGUUUUCAUCGGCUGCAGUUUGCAGGCAGCCUGACAACAGUUCCAUCAUUCUGAUUGGAUCUCAUGACAACUACCUGUACUGUCUGUCUGAGCAGGGAAAACAGCUGUGGAAAUACAAGACAGACUCAGCGGUCUACUCCACACCCACUGUGUUGACCUGCUCCAACCAGAACCAGUUGUCUGACAGACAGUAUCUGUCAUCCAGUCAACCUAAUGCUAAUGGCUUCACUGCUAAGAAGACUAAAUUGUAUCAAAGACCUGAUAUCAGUAAAACUAAUAUAUGCAAUAUAAAUGGAUCAUGCAAUAAGGAUGACUUGCGCAAUAAGACUGAUUCAUGCAAUAAGACUGAUUCAUGCAAUAAGACUGAUUCAUGCAAUAAGACUGAUUCAUGCAAUAAGACUGAUUCAUGCAAUGUAAAGGACUCUUGCAAUAAGACUGAUUCAUGCAAUAAGACUGAUUUGUGCAAUAAGACUGAUUCAUGCAAUAAGACUGAUUCAUGCAAUAAGACUGAUUCAUGCAAUGUAAAGGACUCUUGCAAUAAGACUGAUUCAUGCAAUAAGACUGAUUUGUGCAAUAAGACUGAUUCAUGCAAUAUAAAGGACUCUUGCAAUAAGACUGAUUCAUGCAACAAAGAUACACAAGAUGUGAUAAACCGAGAUCUAUCUAUAGACACUGUUAACAUUAUUGUUAAAUCUAGUCAAAGCAAAACUCAAAGUGACAGGAGAAGGUUGUCUUUUCCAGUAACUUUAACUCCAUUAACCACAGAAAGUUGUGAAAAUGCUGAAUCAACAUUUUCUUCACCUUCAGAAAAAGGUCAUGGUAUUGAAUCAACAUUUGAUUCAUUAUCAACAAGCAAUCGGAACAUAGAAUCAAUAUUUAAUUCCUCACUGAAAAGCAGUCACAAUACUGAAUCAACAUUUGAUUCUUCAUUAUCAUGCAAUGGUCACAAUACUAAAUCACACUUUGAUUCUUCAUCAUUGGACAACAGUCACAACAGUGAAUCAACAUUUGAUUCUUCAUCAGAAGUUGGUCGUCAUGACACUGAUUCAGUCAGCUGUAAGCACUCAGUAGCGUGCUGUGCAUCAUCAUCGGGCUGGCUGUAUUUUGUAGACAUGACGUCGGGGCGGUGUGUGUCACAUGUUCAACUCGGUGGGCAGGUUUUCUCAUCUCCUGUCUGUUUUGAUCAGUAUGUUGUUGUGGGCUGCAGAGAUAACAACAUUUAUUGUUUUAAGUGUAUUUGGGAAUAGAGGGGUGGGACAUAGCUAUGUGUAAAGUACUAGCCUGAUUCUCGUUUAGUCUGGGAUCGAUUCCGAUCGGUAGGCCCAUUGGGCUAUUUCUCAUUCCAGCAAGUGCACCAAAACUUGUAUAUCAAAGGCCAUGGUAUGUGCUAUCCUGUCUGUGGGAUAGUGCAUAUAGAAG